AUGAGGUCAGGGAGUUCUUUCUCUGUGGCGUUUGCCAUCCUCGCUUUCUUUGCCUUCGGAUGCAAGUUCCAAGUGGCUGCUUUAGUUCGUUUGGUAGGCGGUUCAGACUCCACAGAAGGUCGAGUGGAGGUGUUCUGGAACGGUGCCUGGGGGACGGUCUGUGAUGACGACUGGGACAUAAAAGACGCAACAGUUAUCUGCCGGGAACUGGGUUUUGGAGAAGCUUAUGCGGCUCCCAUUGGAGCUGCAUUUGGUGAGGGAACCGUGGACAUACUGUUGGAUGAUGUUGAGUGCACGGGUAACGAGGAGACGGUGUUUGAUUGCCCGGCAAUAAGGGGAUCGGGACACGACUGCUGGCAUCACGAGGAUGCCGGUGUCCGAUGUAUAAUGCAUGGUCUACCGCCGGUCAUUGCCUGCCCAGCUGGUCAGACGAUCGAGACGGAUCCAAACCAGAACUUCGCAACAUUUACCCUCCCCAACGUAGCCUCUGCAUCCGACAACAGCGGUCAUUUCGAAAUCACCAUUGACGUUGAUACUAGUUCUACGCACCGUGUUAAUGACAUAGUCAGUUUGAGUAUUGUAAACUCUCCACACGCUUUGCAAUACACUGCAAGGGAUGCUGGCGGCUACUUCGCAACGUGCCGCACGCAAAUCACAGUUCUUGAAAAUAAGCCGCCCGUCAUUACCUGUCCAUCCGAUCAGACCACCGAGACAGAUACAAACCAGAACUUCGCUACGGUUAUACUACCUCCUCCAGCCUCUGCAUCCGACAACAGCGGAUGGUUCGAAAUCACCAUUGACGUAGAUGGUUCCAUGCAUCUUGUAAAUGACAGCAUCAGUUUGAGUCUUGCGCAGUCUGUGCACACAUUGCAGUACACUGCCAAAGAUGCCAUCAACAACGUUGCAAACUGCAACAUGCAAAUCACUGUCAUAGAUCUGACCCCACCUACUUUCACCACCGGUUGCCCGGGCGACAUUUAUCAUCUAGUGGACUUCGGCAUAGAAUCAGUCCCCGUGGCGUGGCCUAACGUGACAGCAUCAGAUCCAAACUCGCCGUUGCUAUGGAACUCCAGCCAUCACCCUGGUGACAUGUUCCCUGUGGGUAAUGUUACCACGGUAACCUACACAGUCGCAGACCAAGACGGGAACGUUGCAUCUUGUAACUUCACGGUGACAGUGACAGGAGUCGGCAUCACUUGUCCGGCAAAUAUCACCGUCUCUGCAAACCCCUACAACUUUGCCAACGUGUCGUGGCCUCCGCCAAGCCUCAGCUUUAAUGGCUACGACCAAAAUGUCACCGUCGUCAGUGAUCAUGAGCCAGGUCAAAGCUUCAAUAUCGGAUCAACACUGGUGACAAUCAGGAUUCUUGGAGUGAUGAGCGAAUGUCAGUUUUUCAUUACUGUCGAAGACUCAAAUCCGCCUACAUUCACCGCCGGUUGCCCUGACAACAUCACUCGCCUGGUUGCUAUGGACAUUGAGUCGAUUCCUGUGUCAUGGCCACAAUUGAUUGCAUCAGACCCAAGCUUACCGUUGCUAUGGAACUCCAGCCAUCAGCCUGGUCACAUGUUCCAAACUGGUGAGGUUACCAUGGUAACAUACAUGGUGACUGACAGUGAAGGAAACUCGGCAUAUUGUGACUUCACCGUGACAGUGACAGGGGUUGAACUUCGCUGUCCGGCCAAUGUCACAGCUGCCACUGAUCCCGGAAGUAACGCCACCUCAGUUUCAUGGGCUCAGCCCCAAGUAAUCUUCAGUUCACCUCAGGGGCAGAGCACCAGUGCGAUGCGUGUUCAUCUUGAUAAAGUGUUACUAGGAGACCACUUGAUUGGCUCUGAUGAUGAUGACGUAGAUGAUGACGAUGACAGUGGUAGUGGUGGUAUAUACUCCCGUGAUGAUGGAGGGAGACCAAUUCGGUUGCUGUCUGACAACCAUCCUGGAGAAUCCUUUGGUAUCGGAUCAACUCCUGUUUUCUACCGGGUGGAGGACACGGAGAUCGAAUGCGAUUUCCUGGUCAUCGUCGAAGAUAAUGAGCCUCCUAAGCUUGACGACUGUCCAGCUGACGUCAUCAUCCCAGUCAGCUCUUCGUCCAAUCAGGUACAUCACAGGUGGAUUCCUCCAAUGGCCUCUGACAACUCUGGUCGUGAAGUGAAGGUGACGUUCAGUUGUUCAGGAGCCACAGCCGAUGACUGCGACCAAGCUGGCAAGGGAACCUUUUCAGUUGGAGGUUCCACGAUGACGUACCGAGCUGAAGAUGCGUCUGGGAAUGAGAAUGUUUGCACGUUUACUGUGACGGUUACAGUUGUGGAACUUGUCUGCCCAGCUAAUGUCUCGGCAUUAGCAAGUCCUGGCUCGACCAGUACCAGUGUGAGCUGGUCGGAACCGGAUAUAACUGGAUGGAACGGACCAACAAACUUCACCUCAAGCAACAAUUCUGGUGUUGAAUUGUUGAUAGGAACUCACCGAGUAGACUAUCAGCAAUGGUUUGCGGCAUACAACCUGCACUUGGAUUGUUCAUUCUUUGUUGUGGUACAAGGUCAGUGCCCAACCAACACAACCAAUGACGGUCUGAGAUGGCCUGUAGCAGUAGCUGGAUCCACUGCCAAGUCUGUCCAACGAUGUCCACUGACAACUGCAAAUGCUGGUGAACCCGAAGCCGUCCGGAACUGUUCGAAGUUGGAGGCGCCUCUCUACUUCCGAUGGGAGGAGCAAGAGAUUCGUGGCUGCGGGGACAAGAAGGAAGUGUCUCUCGAAAAUGUCGUCAAGGUUGAGGUAAGCAAAGGCAAUGCAGUCGAAGUGGCCGAGUUUCUUGCCAAUCAGACGUCAGAGUCAUCUAAGGAGGCAGAAGAUGUUACAGUUGUUGCCAGCAUUUUGGAGAACAUCGCAAAAGCAGGAUCGGGGGACAGAGAGGUGACAGAACUAGUGCUGGAGACUGUCAGCAAUGUCAUCAUGAGUGUUGGGCCUGAAACUCCUGACUCCGAGCCCACUCAGAUCGAGGCUGGUACCUCCUCAGCCAUCAUUCAGUCCGUUGAGACUCAAAUCUCCCUGACUCUUCAGCAAGAGGGUAAAGUCAGUAUACGUCAGGACUCCAUCCACGUGGAGGCGGUCAGUCUUGAGCCAAACCAGACCAGGAACGGACUCAGCUUCGUGUCCGUGAAACAGUCUAAUGUGACGUCUCCUGGACAAGGGUCACCGCAAGAGGGCACCCUUGCCGGUACCGAGGUCGAGACUUUGUACUCUAGUAUGAUACCGAAGGAUCUUGAUGUCUUGGCAUCGGCUCGGUUGCCUGGCAACAUCACUAGUUUGUUACCGUCCCCUGAUGCUCAGCUGCAAGCCAGUUUCCUGAUCUACGCUGAUGACACGUUGUUCCAGUCUGCUUCGAUCAGAGAGCAUCGAGGGGAGGGUAACUCGACUCGUAAGGUCGCUGGGUCUGUCGUCUCAUUGACUGUGGAGAAUGUUGAACUUGUUAACCUCACAGAACCAGUCGUGAUUGAAUUCAAGGAGGAAUCAAGCGAGGUCCACUGCGUGUCCUGGGACUUUGAGCUGGAAGAUGGAGUCGGCGAUUGGACGACAGAUGGAUGCGCGCUUGCUGAAGUGACCAAUAAGACAGUCGUGUGUAAUUGCUCUCAUGCCACCAACUUCGCAAUCCUAGUGGAUGUGAAGGGCCAAGCAGCUGAUGACAAAGAUGACACUCCUGCUAAGCAAGCGCUUGAUAUCAUCAGCCAUGUUGGCGCUGCACUGUCAAUCAUAGCUCUGGCUAUCACGCUGAUCAUAUACUUAGCUAUCAGGAAACUGCGAAGCGGAAAAUCUCGUCAGAUCUUCAUCAAUUUCUGCUUCUCGUUGUUCAUGUUGUACAUCGUGUUCGUUGCCGGCGUCGACAAUGCUAAGGGUUCCGGAGGUGGUUGUGGGUUUGUGGCUGCUUUACUCCACUAUUUGACUCUGUCUACCAUGAUGUGGAUGGCUGUUGAAGCCAGGAACAUGUACGUCAGUACGGUGAAGGUGUUCCCAGAAGACACGCCUCGAUACAUGCUUAAGGCUUGCCUCAUCGCUUGGGGUUCUCCAUUGAUUGUGUUGAUUAUCACCUUGGCUGCAGCAUCACGUCACUAUGCCAACGAGCAUUACUGCUUCGUUGAGCCUGGUCUUGUGCUGUACCUCGGCCUCCUUGUUCCAAUUGGUCUCAUCCUCAUCCACAACAUCAUCACCUUCAUCUUAGUCAUGCGCAGUCUCCUGAAGGUCAAGGAGGCAUCUCGCUCCCAGCAGAUCUCCAAACGCCUCCAGAAUGCAGUGGGAAUCUCCGCCCUCAUGGGGUUGACCUGGUGUUUUGGGUUCCUGGCCAUCAACGAGGCAGCCUUUGCAUUCCAGCUCAUCUUCUGUCUGGCCAACUCCUUGCAGGGCGUGGUUGUGUUCAUCAUGUUCUGCGCUCGACGUGAGGAGGUCCGCACCGCCCUGGCGCCCUACAUGAAGCGCGUCUGCUGUGGCCAUGAGUGCCGCUUGCCCACACUGCAUCCUGAAAAGUCCAACGAGUCAGAAUUGGUGUCAGCGACGGCUCACACUGUACCGUCAGCCGGGCAGACUGCAGAAGUGGAGAUCUCUGUGACAACACCGCAAUAGGAAGACCACGUUGCGAUUUCGAAGAAAGGUUCACUGCAAGGUUGAGCCAUUCUUGUGUCAUACAUUUGCUAAGUUAUGGGGUAGUUGAGGUACCAUUAUAACAGGUAACGUCAAGCACAUAUUGACACCCUCCAAGCCC